AGAUUUCUCUGUUUCCAUGAAUGAAUAAUUAAAUAUCCCAACCCGAAAAAGAAAAAAAAACAAUUCAUUUUUUCCUGAGAGAGAGAGAGAUGGAGAAAUUCACGUACAACUCUUAUCCUGAUUCAACCGACUCGUCACCGAGAUCCCGCGAGAUCGAAUUCGAUAACCCACCGCCUUGGGAUGAUCAGAACCAGCAGCAACAGAGCUACAAGGUGAAGUUUAUGUGCAGCUAUGGCGGUAAGAUUCAGCCUCGGCCUCACGAUAACCAACUCACUUACGUUAACGGAGAAACUAAGAUCCUCACCGUUGAUCGCUCUAUUAGAUUCCCUGUUUUAGCUUCCAAGCUCUCCGCCGUUUGCGGAGGCGGUGAUGGCGACGUUACGUUCAAGUAUCAGCUUCCAGGGGAAGACUUAGACGCUUUGAUCUCCGUUACUAACGAUGAUGAUCUGGAGCAUAUGAUGCACGAGUACGAUCGCUUGCUUCGUUUGUCCUCUAAGCCUGCCAGGAUGCGUUUGUUUCUCUUCCCUGCCUCUUCUGCUUCCGGUGGAUUUGGUUCUCAGGGUUCCACUCACUCCGAUCGAGAUCGCUUCGUCGAGGCCUUGAACACUGUUCCUAGCCUAUCUGAAUCGGACAAAUCCGUAACUGCUCCUCCCACUAAUGCUGAUUUUUUGUUUGGAUCGGACAAAGUCGUAGCUCCGCCGCCAACACCGGCUGAGGUGAAAUUACCGGUUCCGGUGGUGCAUGAACCUCCGUCAUUCAAUGAUCCGCGUGUGAUUCAACCGGAUCACGGCGUAAAUCCGAUGGAGAUUCAAAGGCAAAUGCAGGAAUUUCAGAGGAUGCAUAUAAGGGAUCAAGAACAACAACAACAACAGGAAGCUUUAUACAGGAGGAAGAGUAACGAAGACGGUUUUGUGGAAACCACCGGAGGAUACUUCUCUCCGCCGUAUGUUCAAAAUCCAGCGCCACCGCCGACGAUUCCUCAAACGAAUCCGCAAGCUACCCCUCCGAUGACGACCUUCUGGCAAGGAAACCACAAUCCAGGAGGCGUGUUUCCAACAACCACACCGGGAUUAGGAUUACCAGAGCAACCAGUGUACAUGAUUCCAACACCAUCUCCAUCUCCGUUUUACCACGCGCCACCGCCACAGCAAUCGCAAGGCAUGAUGAGACCAGUAGCUACAGGACAAGUAAACCAAGGCGGGUAUUAUCCUCCGGUACAGAGAAUGGCUUCAGAUACAUACAGGGAACAACACCAACCACCAUACAACGUGGCUCAGCCGCCUCAGCUACCAAUAGGAACACAGGCACCACAACAAGCUCCGCCUUUUACUUCUGGUCCUCCUCCAGCGCAAUACACAGCCGUUCCACCGCCACGACAAGUCGUCGGAUUACCAGAUACGUCAGCUUAUACUCAGGUGACUUACACCGGAGGAAUGGGGAAACAAGUUUACUACACGGAGGCACCACCACCGCCACAGUACCAUGGAAUUGGCUUACCUGUGAAUGGAAUGGGAGAGCUGAGAACCGGACCAGACGGGAAGCUCGUUGCAAUGAACAUGGCACCCAAAGUAUCAUCUCAGAGUUCAGAUUCUGGAGUUUGAAUAUGAAGGUAUCAUGGUCGGAAUCAGAUUAUUGUUAAUCAGUUACAAAUUUCAUCAUAAUUAUCAUAAUAUAUAUAUAUAUAUAUAUAUAUAGUGUAAUUGAGAUCAUCACUUUGGUAUUUGGAUGUCUGAUAAAUAAUGUUUUUUUUUUUUUUGGUUCUUUAUCUGCUUGUUUAUAAUCUUAUGAUGUUCUUUGAAUUCUGCAACUUCCAUCAACUUUUUUUCUUUGCUUUAAAGUGUGUUUUGCUAAAAUCAUGUCUCUUGUGCGUUGUAGCUUGCGUUUAUCUGAGAACCUUUUAAGCCUUUUUCACCUUU